CUGUUGAAGAGAAUCAAAUCUGGAAAGUCUGAAGAAACGCAUCCCCUUCCCCGCCUGCAGACCAAGUUUUUCAAAUACUUUCUAAGCAGAGAUUCUACUCCCAACUUUUCGAUCUGUAUACAUCGGGAGACAAAGCCUGACAAAUAGAUAGAGAGCGUUCGUUAUCCGAGCAUUAUCUUGGACUAGAUUCUGGAAAUGUCACCGCACGGGGCUGCCACGGCGGUUAAACAAGCCGAACAGCUGAGGCAAAACGGCAACACUUACUUUCAGAAAAGUCGAUAUGGAGCCGCCAUCGAUGCCUAUACAGAGGCAAUUACCUUGUGCCCCAAUGUUGCUGUAUAUUGGAGUAAUCGUGCUUUGUGCCAUCUCAAGCGGAAUGAUUGGAAAAGAUUGGAAGAGGAUUGUAGGAGAGCAAUUCAGCUCGAUUGUCAUUCUUGUAAGGCACACUACAUGCUUGGGCUUGCUUUGCUAAGGGAGCAAGCCUAUUCUGAAGGAGUCAUAGAAUUGGAAAAAGCAUUGGAUCUUGGAAGAGGUGCAAAUCCUAAGAGUUACAUGGUAGAGGAGAUAUGGCAGGAGCUUGCGAAAGCCAAAUAUUUGCAAUGGGAACACGAGUCAACUAGUCGUUCUUCUGAACUAUAUAAACUGAAAGAAUCCUGUGAGACAGCUCUUAAGGAGAAACAUUUACAUGACAUGUCAUGCAUGGAAGGUUUUGUAGAUGAAAAGAACGAAUAUUUUUCUAAACAACUUGCUGCUUUAAAUGGUGUGUUCAGGAAAGCAGCAGAGGAUGACACGCCAGAUGAUGUGCCUGAUUACUUAUGUUGUAAGAUAACACUUGACAUUUUACGUGACCCUGUGAUUACUCCCUGCGGGAUCACAUACGAGCGGGCGAAGAUCCUUGAACAUUUGGAGAAGGUGGGGGGAUUUGAUCCGAUGACUUCAAGAUCCCUAUCUGCAUCUCAGUUGGCUCCAAAUUUGGCCAUUAAAGAAGCAGUGCAGGCAUUUUUGGAUAAACAUGGCUGGGCUUACCAGAUAGAUAACUACAGUUAACAUUUUGGUGCACGGUAGAUUCGCAUAUCAUUAUGUCAUUCACACAGUUUUGUUCAGUGUAUAUGUUUGGGCUCUUAAGGCCUCUAUCAAACUGUACAGUGAUUACUUAUUAUGAUGAUGGUAUUUAUGUACAACUUAUACUGCACACUUUUGUUCUUUUUGUUUGGAUACAGACUAGUAGUUGAGAGAGCUGAAUGUAUGUGAGGUGCUAAAUAUGGGCUCCCAGGCACAUGACAGAAUGGUUUGAGAUCUUUUAAAAGUCAAGUGGCUAGAUUUGUUGAAUAAAUUUACACUCUAUAUGCUCUACAAAUUUAAUUUUCAUAAACGAAAGAACAAUAAUCAUAAUAUGGAGUAUCUAAAAGGUCAUAGUCGUAGGAUACUAGGAUGGAGUGGCCUUUUUAUCUAAAGAUGGUCUCCGAGAAUGACAAUUGUACAUAUCAGUAUCAACCAAGGACUUUUUAGUAGCAGAUCAGUUUUUUAUUUAAAAAUAAGUAAAUGUAUAGGUGAAUUGAACAAAAACCGGUUGGUUUGAU